GACUCUGGAGAAGACCAUCAUCAUCAUCACUCCUCAAAAACAGAAACACAAAAUGGCUGAGCAGAGGCAAAACAACGUCCACGUUCUUGUUCUGCCAUACCCUGCCCAAGGCCACAUCAACCCCCUCCUCCAAUUCGCAAAAAGAUUAGCUUCAAAGGGCGUUAAAGCCACAGUUGCCACCACUCACUACACUGCCAACUCCAUCAAUGCACCCAACAUCACGAUCGAAGCCAUCUCCGAUGGCUUCGACCAAGCGGGCUUCGCCCAAACAAACAACAACAUGCAGCUCUUCCUGGCCUCCUUCAGAACAAACGGUUCCAGGACCUUGUCUCUGCUCAUCAAAAAACACCAACAAACUCCCUCUCCCGUCACCUGCAUUGUCUACGACUCCUUUUUCCCGUGGGCUCUCGACGUGGCCAAGCAGAAUGGCCUUUACGGAGCCGCCUUUUUCACAAACUCAGCCGCCGUCUGCAACAUAUUCUGUCGCAUUCAUCAUGGUUUCCUUCAGCUCCCUGUUAAGACGGAAGACCUCCCCCUGCGUCUUCCUGGUCUUCCUCCCUUGGAUUCUCGCUCCCUCCCGAGUUUCGUUAAGUUUCCGGAGAGCUAUCCCGCUUACAUGGCCAUGAAAUUGAGCCAAUUCUCCAACUUGAACAAUGCGGAUUGGAUGUUCGUCAACACCUUUCAAGCAUUGGAAAGCGAGGUGGUGAAAGGCUUAACGGAGCUCUUUCCGGCGAAGAUGAUAGGGCCAAUGGUCCCUUCUAGUUACUUGGAUGGGAGGAUUAAAGGGGACAAAGGGUAUGGAGCAAGUCUAUGGAAGCCUCUAGCUGAAGAGUGCAGCAAUUGGUUGGAAGCAAAGGCGCCGCAGUCUGUGGUGUACAUCUCCUUUGGAAGCAUGGUGUCAUUGACAGCAGAACAGGUGGAAGAGGUGGCAUGGGGAUUGAAAGAAAGUGGGGUGAGUUUCUUGUGGGUUUUAAGAGAAUCUGAACAUGGCAAAUUGCCUCUUGGGUACAGAGAAUUGGUAAAAGAUAAGGGUCUAAUUGUGACAUGGUGUAACCAACUUGAAUUGCUGGCUCACCAAGCCACUGGCUGCUUUGUGACACAUUGUGGCUGGAAUUCCACCCUCGAAAGCCUUAGCCUCGGUGUUCCGGUGGUGUGUUUGCCACAGUGGGCUGACCAGUUGCCUGAUGCUAAGUUUUUGGAUGAAAUCUGGGAUGUUGGUGUGUGGCCUAAGGAGGAUGAGAAAGGAAUUGUGAGGAAGCAAGAGUUUGUCAAGAGUUUGAAGGUUGUGAUGGAGGGUGAAAAAAGCCGAGAGAUUAGAAGGAACGCCCAUAAAUGGAAGAAGUUGGCUAGGGAAGCAGUUGCUGAAGGAGGCAGCUCUGAUAAUCACAUUAAUCAGUUUGUGAAUCAUUUGAUGAAUCUGAUAUGAAUGGAAGUUUGAAAGUAUACUGAGUGCCUAUUCUCAUCAUCAGUUGUUAUUUGUUAGUGGAUGCAUGUAUUCUGUUCUCAUUUGUGUUCACUUUUUCAAUAUGGAAAUUUAUGUGAAUGUAUGGCAUCCUUUUUUAGUUUCAUUCUUGUCUGCCAAUAACACCUGUCUCUUCUAAUUUAUCAUGUAUUUGUUACAAAUUCUUUAUUGAAAAGAAAUGAUCAGUUCAUAAAUAUCACA